ACAACAUGGACAACGCUAAGCUGAAAACUGUGGAGUACCAGACGGAUAUUUACCAGUAUGCUGUGGUGUUCAUAACGGGAGCCACUGGCUUUGUGGGCAAAACGCUGCUGGAAAAGCUUCUCUGGAGUUUUCCGCAGAUAAAACGAAUCUAUAUGCUGAUUCGACCCAAAGGAGGGGUCACAGUGGAGGAGCGCUUCCGGGGAUUCCUUCAGAAUCCUAUCUUUGAGCGACUGAGAACAGAUUAUCCUGAGAGACUAAAGAAAAUCUUUCACUUCUCCGGCAACAUUGAGGAUGACAACUUUGGUUUAAAUGAAUGCGACAGAGCUGUUUUAUGUGCCGAAGUGAAUAUUAUUUUUCACAGUGCAGCAACGGUGCGUUUCAAUGAGUGUCUGAAGGUGUCUGCUCGAGUGAACUCCCAGGCCACCUACAAUCUUCUAGAGCUUUGCAGAGAAAUGAAACAAUUAAGGAGUUUUCUGUACGUUUCGACGGCUUACUGCAAUCCUGGUCGCAAGUAUGUGGAUGAGCAAGUGUAUCCCACCAUGCCUCCGGUGGAUUGGCGUCAGUUCCUUGCUGCCACCCAGAAAAUACCCGAUGACUAUCUCAAUCGCAUGGCCGACUAUAUAAAAGGUCCGCAUGUGAACACCUACACCUUCACCAAAUCCAUUGCCGAGCAGAUUGUCAAUGCCUAUCGAGAUGUGAUUCCCAUUGUGAUCGUGAGACCUUCGAUAGUCACUGCUGCGUAUAGAGAACCUUAUCCUGGAUGGAUUGACAACAUCCAGGCGAUCAGCGGUAUAAUGAUGGAGAUCGGCAAGGGGGGAAUCAGCAGCAUUCUGGGGGAUAAAGAUCUGAUUUGCGACAUUAUCCCAGUGGACUUUGUGGUUAACGCAAUGAUAAUGAUGGUCAGUAAGGCGAAGCUAGGAAGUUUAAGCAUCUGUAACGCCACCUCGGGAGUGACCAAUCCCAUCACCUGGCAACGACUGGGAAAACUCACCAUGAAGUGGUCCCGCAUUUAUCCCACACGGCGGAUGAUUAUGUUUCCCAACUUCAAGUACAGAUGCAGUGCUAUUAAACAUGAGUUGGCAGUGUGGCUUCUUCACUUUGUGCCCGCUUUGCUAAUGGAUCUGCAAACCCUUUUGUUGGCCCAGAAGAAGCGAUUGGUCACACCCAUUGCCAAGAAGUUUAGACAGGCAUGUCUAGCGGGAAGCUUUUUCUCGCUGAACGAGUGGAUCUUUAAGAACAGAAGUCGAUUUUAUUUCAAGGAAAUGAUUGAUAAUGGCACCUACCCCACUCUGUAUUGGAAUCUGGAGGAGUUGGACUACGAUGACUAUGUUCGACGCCACAUGAUCGGUAUAAACAAGUACCUGCACCGCGAAAAGUUCACUGUUGACUCAAAUAAAUUUUUGGUGACCAGGAUCUUCUGGUUCUGGAUAUUCCUGCACUCAGUAUUUUACAUGAUGCUUGUCUAUACAUUGUUUUAG